UCUAAUGGACUCCGUAUUCAAGGCUCCCAUGUCAUUUUUUGACUCAACACCAGUGGGAAGAAUUUUAACGAGGGCAUCUUCAGAUUUGAGCAUUCUAGACUUCGACAUACCCUAAUCGAUGGCUUUUGUGGCGACGGGCGGCAUUGAGGUUGUUACCACAGUACUGGUCAUGGGUACUGUAACUUGGCAAGUCCUGGUUGUAGCGAUCCCAGUUGUUGUCACCAUGAUAUAUGUUCAGAGGCACUACGUUUCCUCAGCUAGGGAGCUAGUAAGACUCAACGGAACAACAAAGGCACCUGUAAUGAACUAUGCAUCAGAAUCAAUUCUCGGUGUGGUGACGAUCAGGGCAUUUGCAGCAACUGAGAGGUUUAUCUACAGCAACAUGCAGCUCAUCGACACUGAUGCCACACUGUUCUUCCAUACCGUUGCCGCACAAGAGUGGGUACUCAUAAGAGUAGAGGCACUGCAGUCCUUGACAAUAAUCACAGCAGCAUUGUUCCUUGUUCUAGUUCCUCCAGGAGCAAUUUCUCCGGGCUUUGCAGGACUUUGUCUCUCCUAUGCUUUGACUUUAACUUCAGCACAAGUAUUCUUGACAAGGUUCUAUUCGUACUUGGAAAACUACAUCAUCUCGGUUGAACGAAUCAAGCAGUAUAUGCACCUCCCAGUGGAACCACCUGCCAUUAUACCAGAUAGUAGACCUCCAACCUCAUGGCCGCAGGAGAGAAGGAUAGACCUGCAAGAUUUGAAGAUAAGAUACCGUCCAAAUGCGCCGCUUGUCCUCCAAGGAAUCACUUGCACUUUUGCUGCUGGGAACAAGAUUGGGGUUGCAGGGAGGACAGGAAGUGGAAAAUCAACACUUAUCAGCUCAUUGUUCCGUCUCGUUGAUCCGGCGGGUGGGAGGAUACUUAUUGACAAGUUGGAUAUUUGCUCCAUUGGCCUUAAGGAUCUAAGAACUAAACUAAGUAUUAUCCCUCGAGAACCUACACUUUUCAGGGGAACCGUGCACAACAAUUUGGAUCCCCUUGGCCACCAGCAUUCUGAUGAAGAGAUAUGGGAGGCCUUGGAGAAGUGUCAACUGAAGACAGCAAUCAGCACCACCUCUGCUCUUCUGGAUACAGUUGUGAGUGAUGAUGGCGAUAACUGGAGUGCUGGACAGCGUCAGCUCUUCUGUCUUGGCAGAGUUCUACGCAGGAACAAAAUUCUAGUUCUAGACGAGGCAACAGCAUCCAUCGACUCUGCAACAGAUGCAAUCCUGCAGAAAGUAAUCAGGCAGCAGUUCUCAAGUUGCACGGUUAUAACCAUAGCUCACAGGGUACCAACUGUGACAGACAGUGACAAGGUCAUGGUCCUGUCCUACGGGAAGCUUCUAGAAUAUGAAACACCAGCCAAGCUGUUGGAAGACAAACAAUCAGCAUUUGCUAAACUUGUGGCUGAGUAUUGGGCUAAUACCAAGAGAAAUUCAACAUGAUCUACCAUUAUUGCAGGACAUGAUAAAAGAUAUGAUCAUUUUAAUCAAGAUAUCGAAAGAUUCAAGGGUUCUCAAAUUGAAUCUUU